AUGUCUUCGCGAAGACGAAGAGUUCUCGAGGCGAAACCCUACCGAAAUUAUAGUGAAGACACUUUGAAAGCUGCUAUGGCAGCAGUUGACACUGGCAUGACUUUGAGGGAAGCGGAAGAAAAAUUUAAAAUACCUCGAGCAACUUUAAAUAGAAAACACCGAAGGCUACAAUUAAACAAAGUCGGCCGUCCUAAAGUUUUCAGUGAAGCUCUGGAGGAAGUUUUUGUGCAAUCAAUCAUUACAGCUGCUGCUUGGGGAUAUCCACUAUCAGGUUUAGACCUAUCUUUACUCGUGAAAUCACAUCUAGAUAGACUAGGUCUAAAUGAGACACGUUUCAAAGGUAACUUACCGGGACGAUAUUGGCUGGAAGGUUUUCUACGGCGCCAUAAAAGCACUUUAUCUGUAAGGCUGUCAGAAAAUAUUAAACGCCAAAGAGCUGGAGUUACGCAGGAGACAUUAAAAUCAUACUUCCAAGAAUUAAAAACCACCUUGGAGGAUGUAGAUCCGGCCGCAAUAGUAAAUUUUGACGAGACUAAUAUGUCUGAUGACCCGGGACGCCAGAAAGUGUUGGUACGUCGAGGUAUCAAGCAUGCUCAUAAAAUCAUUGACUCAUCAAAAUCAAGUACCUCCGUAAUGUUUGCUGGGACAGCGUCAGGUGUUCUGCUUCCACCGUACCUCGUUUAUAAAGCGGAACAUUUAUAUAAUACUUGGACGGAAGGAGGACCUCCAAAUACAGUUUACAACCGAUCUCGGAGUGGAUGGUUUGACACUACAAUAUUUGAGGAUUGGUUUUUGAAGUUCAUUAUUCCUUAUGUUGAAUCGUUUAAUGGCAGAGGACCCGUGGUUGUAAUUGGUGACAAUCUGAGCAGUCAUUUUUCAUUAGAUGUGAUACAAAAGUGUACUGACUAUAAUAUUAAAUUUGUUUGUUUACCGGCAAAUAGUACGGGGUUGUGCCAACCCCUCGAUGUAGCAGUGUUUCGACCAUUAAAAAUAAAAUGGAGGUCUGUUCUGCUGUCUUGGAAGGAAAAAAAUAGAGGAGUAAUGCCGAAGCAUGUUUUUCCGAGGCUUUUGAAGCAAACUCUGGAUAAUAUAGAAAAUAUGAGAAAAAAUUUGAAGUCCGGAUUUGAAGCAGCUGGGAUAUAUCCAAUUAAUGAAAAAAGAGUCUUAGAUAGAUUGCCUACACAGGAAGAUCCAGAAAUCCAUAAUAAUGCAUCUCAGCAAUGGUUAGAAACGUUUAAAAUGUAUCUCGAAGAUAUGCGAACAAAAGAAUGCAGCACAGCCCCGAAGAAUAAAAGGUGGCAGUUAUUCCAGAUCGUCGAUGAUGAAAGCACUUCCUGCAGUGAUUUAGAAGAAUGGAGGGAAGCAGUUUUGAAUACUGCAAACUCAUCAUCCGAUGACAAUAAUGAGUUCGACACAGUGUUUUUUGAUGAUGUUCAUGACAUGUUUCCUGAUGAUGAUGAAAGAUCGGCGUCACCACGUAUAACUAACAUCCCCAAUAAUGAGAACCAAGAAAAUGAAGAUCCACUCAAUGUAGAGCAAUCGGUCUAUACUGACGAACAAUUUAAAGUUUCUGUACCUAGUGAUGGUGGUGCUGGUUGCUCUAAAGAUAUCGAUACAGAAAUUGUAAAUAAUUCGGAGAUUUCACCAGAUUCUUUUGUUGUUGUCGAAUUACUCUACAAUGAGAAUACGAAAAAACAAACUGAAAAGAAGUUUAUUGCUCAAGUUACGAACAUGGUUAGCGACGGAAAAGUGACCUGUCGCUUCAUGAGAUGUUUUUCAGCUACAAAAGGUGAACAAUCAACUGACAAUAUAGACAGCAGCGAACAGGAGACAGCUAAUGAUAAUGAAAAUACAUUUGAUGCUGAACAUAGUGAAAAUGAUACCCAGGUAAAAAUACUAUUAUUAUAUCAUUCUUUGUUGCCAUGA